CACUGACUGAGGGAUAACCCUAAUAAGGUUAGGGUAAUCCUAUUCCCAUGACGCAGCAGAUUGAACCUUGUCCUGGAAAUCUUAUCCCCAGCAUAGCAAACGUCAAACUCCUACCAAGAUAAACAAAAUGGGUAUAGGCAAUGAUACUGAACGCCUCAGAACAAUUUGGACACCUGAGAUGGAUCGAUAUUUCAUUAAUCUUAUGUUAGAGCAGGUUGCCCAGGGCCGUAAAUUUGAGGAUCAUUUGUUUAGCAAAAGAGCUUGGAAGCAUAUGUCUUUAAAGUUCAAUGCUAAGUUCAAUUUUCAGUAUGAAAAAGAUGUUCUCAAGAACCGCCACAAAACGUUACGGAAUUUGUACAGGGGCAUUAAGAACCUUCUUGCCCAACCGGGGUUUAGCUGGGACGAAAAGCGAAAUAUGGUUAUUGCUGAUAAUCAUGUUUGGGAUGAAUAUCUCACGGUAGAUGCAAAUGUGCGGUCAUACAGAGUAAAAAGCAUUCCCUAUUUCGAAGAUUUGUGUACUGUUUAUGGACAUGUGAUGGAAGGAAAAGGUGAUACUGCACCAGAAGAAUCAUCUAAUUCAGGCGAAUAUGGAGCAAUUACACCCUUUCUAUCUAAGGAUGUCUGUGAGGAUGAUGAUGAGCUUCUUUGUGAUGUUAGGACUGAUGAAGACUGUGGAAUCUCUACCGUGGAAAAUGCAACUGAUGACUGUGAGCAAAGGGCAAAGAAAACAGCAUCCUCUUCUGGUACCCGGACCCGGACUUAUUGGCAGCCACCAAUGGAUCGUUACUUCAUUAACUUGAUGCUUGCCCAUCUGCACAAAGGGAACCAAUUUGAUGGGGUCUUCAACAAACAAGCAUGGGUGGAAAUGAUUUCAUCAUUCAAUAAAAAAUUUGGCUUUGAGUAUAGUUUGGAGAUUCUUAAGAAUAGGCACAAAACUCUGAGAAGGCAAUACAAUUUAAUUAAAAGUCUCCUUCAGUUGCAUGGCUUUGACUGGGAUGAAACACGCCAGAUGGUUAUUGCCGAUGAUUGUUUCUGGCAAGAUUAUAUAAAGGUUCAUCCUGAUGCACGACAAUAUAUGACCCGACCUUUGCCAUACUAUAAAGAUUUGUGUGCCAUAUUUGAUCCAAAUUUUGACGAAAAAGAAUCUCUGCUUCAAGAUAAGCUUCAAAAUGCAGUUGAUUUUCAGACCGAGUGUCCUCAGACAUCUAAAACUGGUCAGUCUCCAAUUACACCCAAUUCCAAUGAAGAACAAUUUAGCAGUGUCAAUGAGUUAGCAAAUAUAUGUCAGAAGCAAAAGCGUCAACUAGAGAAGGGUUCUAAUUUUACUAGUCCUAAAAAAUCAAGGAAUGAUGAACAAGGCAUGGCUGUUGCUCUCUGUGAGAUGGCAGCUGUAGUUUCAACUGUGUCUGCAAAAAAGAUCGAUACCUCAAUAUCAAUAGAGAAUGUCAUAGAAGCAGUGCAAGCAUUGCCUGAUAUGGAUGAUGAGCUGGUUUUGGAUGCUUGCGAUUUCUUGGAGGAUGAAAGAAAAGCUAAAACAUUUCUUGCAUUGGAUGCCAAGCUUAGGAAGAAAUGGUUGAUUAGGAAACUUCGCAUACAGAUGUAGCCUAUGCCCACUUUCAUUUUUCUUUAAUUUCUUAUUGGUUAUUGGUUUUGAUCCAUAUUAUUUUAGAAAGAUUAGCUGAUUAGAUUUAUAUGGGUGGGGGAUUCUAAGCAGAUUUGUGCAACUAAUCAUUCUGAGGAUGGAAUUAGUAUUUUGGAAGGCACAGUAAACUUGUAUAUUCAUCACGAUGCUUGGCUAGUGACUGCACAAAAUGCACAUAUAACAAUACUCAGGUUAGGUGAAUGGAAAGUGUUUAAGAAAUUUGCA